AUGUCAAAGCGUGAAGCCAAACCCACCACGGCGGAACCGCCGUCCGUCGCCAAUGGCGCUCCUGCCGGCAAAGUUCAGUCUCUGACUGACAUUGAUGCCGAAAUCAAGAAGGCACUCUAUGACACUGGCAAGUUCCCUUUGAUCACCACGGUCAUGGGUAAGGUGGAGGAACAGACUGGCGUCAAGAGAGAAAAGGUAGGUGAAUAAGUAUUGAAAGUUGUUAUCAAUAUCACGUAUAUCAGAAUGUAUCUUUCACAUAUUUUCAUAACAUUUUGAACUUCAGUUCGCCUACGGCGUGUUGGGAGCGUUGGGUCUGUACUUGAUUGUGGGAAGCCUGGCUCAGCUGGUUUGUAACUUUAUCGGCUUUGCAUACCCCGCCUACGCUUCGGUGUACGCGAUUCGCAGCACUCAGAAGGACGACGACACUCAAUGGCUCAUCUACUGGACCUGCUUCGCCGCGUUCUCGUUGGUCGACUUCUUUGCCGAAAAGAUUUGCUCGUGGUUCCCCAUCUACUGGUUGGUCAAGGUGAGAUUUUGUUUUUUAUCAUACGUAAAGAGUGGAAAUUUCCAUUUCUUAUUGUAAUAAGCUUUAAAAAGCUUUUGUUGAUAUUGUGCUUGAUGUAAUUUCAUACUUUCAGGCCCUGUUCCUGGUCUGGUUGUCAGCCCCUCAGACGGGUGGUGCCCUGAAGAUGUACGAAAACGUUGUAGAUCCAGCCAUCAAGAAGGUCGACGAAAUCUACUCGAAAUAUGCAGGCAAAAAGGAAUAA